AUGGAGAUUCUAGAAUUUUGGCUGAGAAGGCUUCUCAUCCUGAAUUCAAAUUCCAUUGGAGGGGAUGUGUUCACUGUCCAAUCCAUCAAAACUGGCUUAGAGGAGUUUCAAAACUCGUCUGGUUUGUCCCCUAGCCCUAAUAAGAGUCACAUUUUCUUUUCUGGGUGUGAACAGAAUUUAAGAGAUGAGAUUCUUAGGGUUUGUAACUUCAGUGAAGGCACUUUGCCUGUGAGGUACUUAGGGGUUCCUUUUGUAAUACAAUUUGUUCUUUUCUCUAUGCAAGUGUUCUGGACCUCUUUGUUUAUUCUUCCAAAGAAGGUUAUUCGUUCCAUAGAGAGUCUGUUUAGAGCCUUCUUCUGGUCUGGCUGUGAGCUGAAGAAGUAUGGGGCUAAGGUGUCUUGGGAUAGAUUGUCCCCUAAGAAUGAAGGGGGCUUGGGGUUUAAAUCUCUUAUGGUGUGGAACAAGGCUGCUAUUGCUAAGCAUAUCUGGUUCCUCUUCUCUGGGGAUGCUAAGGUUAGUGCGAUUGUGGAGGGGACUACUUGGAGGUGGCCUUUCCCUUCUUCAUGGGAGCUUAUGGACCUCAUUGUUAGUACUCCUUCCACCUUUCUCCCUUCUGGUGGGUCAGAUGAUGUUAGUUGGAGCCUUGCUUCUAAUGAUGUCUUAGAGAGAGGACCAUGGUAUGUGGGAGGUUUCCUUCUCAUUCUGAAGCAGUGGCAUCGCAUGAUGAAGCUGUCUAAGGAAGAUAAGAAAACUAUCCCUGUUUGGGUGAAAUUCUACAAUAUUCCUCUGGAAUACUGGGAUGGGGAUGGUUUAAGUAGGAUAGCUAGUGCAGUGGGGGUACCUUUGUUUAUGGAUCAACUUACAUCUUCAGGAAGUCGAAUUUCCUUUGCUAGAGUAUGUGUGAAUAUUCCUACGGAUUCUGCUUUCCUUGACAGUUUUGUCAUCACUAGUGGUGAAGAGUCUAUUACUAUCCAUGUGGAGUAUCAAGGUGUACCCUUUAGAUGUUUGCACUGCCAUGUUGUUGGGCACGAAACUAAAACCUACCUCUCUGCUCAAGUGGAGAAACUUGUUGAGUUAAAGAAGAUCACUGAAGAAAGGGUUGAACUUGAUGGGGGCUGGACAAAAGUUAAGGAUAAGGAUCAAAUAGCUGCAUUCCAUGCUGAGGUGCUGGAGAUUGCAAAAAUCAUAAAUCCAGUAGCAGAGGACUUUAUUAGAAGUAUUGAGCAAGCGGGAAGAGAUGAAGUGAUGGCAAAUUCACCUAAGAUACAGGGAGGAAAAGGGGAUGGUGGAACAAAGGUGGGUAGUUCAACUAAGCAGAAGUCUUCUGGCAGAACUUCAGGAAGCCAGAGAAAGAAAAAGAGAUAUUUUUAUCAUGUCUAUAAAACUCUUUUUGGAAUGUUAGAGGGUUUUGGAAACAUGGGCGUUUUGGAAACAAAAAUUAAAAUGGAAAAUGAAGCUAAACUUUUUGAACAUAGCUUUAGAAAUUGGAAAUUUUUGUCUAAUUCACAACCAAAUCUGCUAGCUAGAAUUUGGAUAUGUUGGGAUCCAAACUUUUGUGAUAUUUUGGUGGUUCAAAAGUCAAACCAGUUCAUUUUUGUAAAGGUGACUGUUUUUGAGAGCAAUUUCAAUUUCUUUGCUACUUUUGUGUACGCAGAAAAUAAGCAUGAGCUGAGACUUUCCCUUUUUUGUGAUCUUAAAAAGAUUGCUAUCAGCCAUGCUAAUCACCCCUCAAUUUUCCUUGGUGAUUUUAACGCUGUUAGAUUUUCAUAUGAAAAAAUAGGGGGGAAGGAGGGUUGGUGUAGUGCUAAUGAUACUUUUAAUAAUCUGGUUUUGGAUUCUGAGUUGGAAGACUUGUGUUACAAUGGGUGUCAGUUUACUUGGUCUAAUAAACGCGGGGGUGGUAAUUUUAUUACUUCAAAACUUGAUAGAGUUGUUAACGAGAGGUGGUUAACUGUUAAUCCCAACUCGUAUGCUCUUUUCCUGCCUCUUGGUGUCUCUGAUCAUUCACCUGUGAUUGUACACCUUGGUCCUGAGGAGGCCAAAUUAAAAAAACCUUUUAAGUUCUUUGAUUUUUGGGCUGACCAUGUUGAGUUCCUCCCUAGAGUGCAUGGUGUUUGGAGAAAAUACAUCAGGGGCUCUCCUAUGUUUAGGGUCUGUCAAAAGCUUAAGACUCUAAAACCUAUUUUGAAAGCUUUAAACAAAAAGGAGUUCAGUGAGAUUUCUACCAGAGUUGGAGUUGCUAAGGAUCAUCUUCUUAAUUCUCAGAUUAAGCUUGAUAAAGAUCCGAUGAAUUUAACUCUUCAAGAGGAGGAAAGGGCUGCCUAUGGUAGAUAUGUAGAUCUUAGUAAAGUUGAGGAAAGUCUUGCUCAUCAGAAAUCCCGUGUCCAAUGGUUAGGUUUGGGCGAUAGAAAUUCCAAAUUCUUCUUUAGAACUGUUAAGGGUAAUGUGAAUAGGGGUCGGAUCCAUAGUGUUGUGCUUCCUAGUGGGGUUAGAGCGACUAAAAGUGAAGAGGUCCAUAAAUCUUUUGUGGACUCAUUCACUAAUCUGUUUGGGAAGCCUUUUGUGGACCACUAUAAUGGGCUUGAUAGGAUUAGAAACCUUGUCACCAAAAGAGUGUUUGAAGCUCAGUACCAAGCUCUUGCUAGGGAGGCUACUGAGAAAGAGAUCACUGAUGCCUUCAAAUCCCUAAAAGCUAAUAAGGUCCCUGGCCCUGAUGGUUUUUCUGCGGGUUUCUUUUUUAAAGCCUGGGAUGUUGUGGGGAGAGAGGUUGUUGAAGCUAUUAAAUCUUUUUUUACAUCUGGGGAGCUCCUUCAGGAAUUGAAUAGUACCUCCAUUGCUCUCAUUCCUAAGAUCCCUAAUGCUGAAAAAGUGGGGGACUUCAGACCAAUCUCAUGUUGUAACACUCUAUACAAAUGCAUCUCUAAGAUCAUUACUGAUAGGAUUAAAAUUGUUCUUCAUGAUCUCAUUGAUCUUGUGCAAUCAGCUUUUGUCCUUGGGAGGAGAAUUGCUGAUAAUAUUUUUCUUUCACGAGCUUAUGAGGGGCUAUCAUAA